UAUGUAAGUGCUUGGGGGAUGAGUUCUAAAACCUGGAAAUGAGUUUGCAUUUUUGCACUCCCAGUUCCCUCUUCACAAAGUCAGAGGGUUUUUUUUGAACGGAUUUUGGUCAGAUGCCUAAAAUAAGGUGUGUGAUUAACACAAGCUUAAGAGACUUUGACGUUUUGCUCUGCGACAUAAGAUAUGUCAGUAAAUACCCGACUCGAGAAGUCUGAAGCCUUUAAGUUUAAGUUUAAGUUUAUUUACUUUAUUAAUCCCCCUGAGGAGAAAUUCAAUGUUUUCACUCUUGCUUGUCAAUUACACACAGGUCCGAAAGACACACACAUGCACAAACAGGACCUAUACAUGCACAAAGUGGAGAGAUGUCAGAGUGAGGGGGCUGCCCUUGGUGAGGCACCCCGAGCGGUUGGGGGGUUCGGUGCCUUGCUCAAGGGCACCUCGGCAGUGCUGAAUGUCACUCAAGGGCGUAAGUUUUAUUUCAACAUUGCGGGGAGAAGCACGUAUAAAAUGGGGUUAAGAUGCUCGCCAACAUAAAAUUUUGAACGCCAAACUGCAGUCUGGUGAAUUUUAAUGCACCGAUUUGUUCCUUUCUGCAUUAAUUCAUGGUGCAAAUGUCUUUAACGUGGUCAUAACAAAGGCCCUCUACUACUUUUAUGUGUUUAUUGAAGGGGGGCGAAUGCACAUGUGCCACCCCUCUUUAAUCUACACCUAUGCCGUUUCUUACCCAAACAGCCCAGAGUUCCCUCUACAACUAGCAGUACUGCAAACUAAAUCAACUUUGAAGAUGUAAUAGAUGCUGUUGCUAGAGUUUUGCCUCUUCAGGCUUUUUUACUUCUCCAUGCACCUUGGAAGGAGGUGAAGUUGUGCCGGAAAUCCCUACUCCACCUCACUAAAUCAACUUUGCCAUGCCAGUGCAAGCAACCUACAGUAUACUCACUGUAGCCCCUGUAAUGCCCAUGUCACACUUGGAAGUCACAGUGGGAGGAGACACAACUGGAAAGUUUUGUAACUUUACAAAACUCUAAACAAUUAAAAAAACUUGCUUUGUUUGAUAUGAUUGCACGCUAGACUGGAUUUUAUUUGGAGCCCUGGGACCUUUAAAUUGACAAGAUUGGUGACAGAAUUAUGUGUAGCAAUCCUGGGUGAUGCCUUUCUGUUUUCUACCCUGCCCUGAAAAUGUGUGUGCAUGCCACAGUGGGAUAAGCAGAGAAGACUUAACUACUUUUUUUUCCCAGCAGCAUUACAUAAACCUCAGAAAAUCAUGUUCAAAAUAAGCCAUCUGAUUCUGCUUUAGCUGAGCUCCAGUGGUUGCAACAAGUGGUUUGAUGGACAGAGCGCGUUUGGUUUUCAUUAGAUCGUCUCGACACUGACCCCCUGCCCCAUCUACAGUAAUAUGAAACCAGCCUUCUGGCAGGCGCACUGUGCGGAAGAGAGCCGAGCAGAGCUGAUGCAGUCUGCAUUGCUUAACUGCGCUGCUGCACACAGAAGCUGCCCACGUAGUAACACACUGCCCAAACGUGCCAUGGCCAAGAGGCAGUGUUCACGGGCAUAGAUGGUAACCCUGUGCAGUCUUCGCUGAGGGAUUAUUAGUGUUUUUGGUUUGUUCCUGGAGGUGUGAUAUCGCAGCCAUGGUGUGCUGUCAGACUCCCAGAAGUUUACGCAGAGGCGAGUGGGGCUUCGCUCCUCUGCUGGCUGCCGCGCUGCUCAGUCUGCUGUUCGCAGGGAUGCAACAGUCCACAGCGUUUCCCACCUGGAGGUUAGAGGAAGAAGCUUACACCACUGUGUUGCUCAUCGGGAUCCGCAAAGAGGCCCGGUCACAGGUGCUCCACCUCUCCAGGAACAAGCGCUACACCCUCACCCCAGAGAAUCUCAAAUGGGACAAGUUCAAGCUAACAUACAAGUUGGUCUCCUUCCCUACAAACCUCAUAAAUGCCAGUGACACACGCCGAGGCAUCGCCAAGGCUUUUAGCAUGUGGAGCGACGUCUCGCCGUUCAGCUUCAGAGAAGUGCCAGCUGACCAAGAAGCAGACAUGAAGAUCGGCUUCUACCCCGCCAACCACACAGACUGUCUGCAGUCCUAUUUGCACCAUUGUUUCGACGGCAUCACAGGAGAAUUGGCUCAUGCAUUCUUCCCGCCAACUGGCGAGAUCCACUUCGACGACCAUGAAUACUGGAUUCUGGGAAACAUGCGCUUUAGCUGGAAGAAAGGGGUUUGGCUGACAGAUCUUGUCCAUGUGGCAACUCAUGAAAUUGGCCACGUCCUAGGACUCAUGCACUCCAUGGACCCGAAAGCUAUAAUGCACCUGAAUGCAACUCUGACAGGGCGCAAGCUAAUCACUCAGGAUGAGGUGUGGGGUUUGCAUCGUCUCUACGGAUGUUUGGACCGGUUAUUCAUCUGUCCAGCCUGGGCUCGGAAAGGCUAUUGCGACAGCAAGCGUAAGCUGAUGCAGAAGCACUGCCCCUCCAGCUGUGAUUUCUGUUACGAAUUUCCUUUCCCCACUGUGGCUCCUACCCCGACACCCCCGAGGACCAAACACAAGCUGGUCGUCGAGGGCAAGAAGCUCACUUUUCGUUGCGGGAAGAAAAUAGCAUCAAAGAAAGGCAAAGUAUACUGGUACAAGGACGGGGAGCUGCUGGAGUACUCUCACCCCAACUACAUCUCCUUGAAAGACGACCACAUCACUAUAGUGGCCAACGCCAUCAACGAAGGCACAUACACCUGCAUCGUGAAGAAAAAAGACAAAGUUCUAACAAACUACUCAUGGAGAGUGCGUGUGCGCUUCUGAGGGCCUCUGCACACUGAACAGGACACAUAAACUCACACGGUCACAUGGAGACCUCAUUCACUAGGGCACAUAUUUCUGUUUUUUAAACUGUCUUUCCUGUAUCUUCCAAAUACGACUGUCUAUCCUUGUCAUUGUGUACGUGCGUUUUAAUAAAUGUUCCGUGACAAGUAGAAUUCUAGUGAAAAUACCACCUGACUGUGAAAAGAUGUUCAUGACAGAGGUUGUGGUUUCCAUUUUAUUUGGUGAUGAAAGAUCCUUAAGUUUAGGACAAUAACUUAUACUCUGGGUUCAUCGAGCCUGGAUUUCUUCAAAGCUUUUGCUGCUAAAGAAGUGAUGGUCCAAGGUCACCCACGGGUUCCUGGGGUGCUAAAAUUGCCAAGUUGGAGGGUGCAUAGGAGUAUCUUCUCAGAUAGUCAAAUUGUCAAGGGUCAUCCAAAAAAAACACCAUCCCUACUGUGCUUUUGUUGGGGGCCUGAAAAGUUACAGAAGCUCUUGCUUAGAUACACGCCGUUUUAGUCAUUUACGCACUGACCAAUCUAAACUACUAAAGCCAGAAUAAGCAAUGUUGUCUACAGCCUUUGGAACUAUUUGGACCUUAAACCACAUAUGGAACACCUCAGACGUCUAGCUUACUUUACUAGCCUCACAUUGAAGCCAGCAGUCUGCCUCCAGAGACCCAGCAGUCAGUUCCACUAGCAGCUCUCCUUCCAAGCUUAUUCAACACAUCAGGUGUAAUAAUCUGCAGAAGGGCUCCGGUGGGGGUGGGGGGGAUAGAUAAAACUGAUUAAUGAACAUUUCCAUUUAGUGCUGGCUCAAGACGUCCCAAGACGAGGGUGAUUUUCUUUUCUGUGCCUGUUCCUAUGAAAGCAGCGAGCGGUCUUGCAGGGAACGAAACGUUACUGUACUGUUUAUUUUUCUUCAGCUCAAAAUCAAAGAAUUUAUUGGUUUAAUUCUGAAGUCGCAGAGCCAUUUAAAAACAAAGGCAGAGCGAAGUCUGGGCCUCUUUUCCCCUGAAAGAACAAAGUACUGAGACAAAGUGUGCAGUGCAAAGAAUGACAUCACUUUUGGACAGCGACUACCAAGUUGGGUUCAAGACUGGAUUUUUUUUUUUUUUGCCUCGACUUCCCUUCAUUUUUUUUUUCUCCUCUGGCAGUGUGCGGUUGUGUUUGCAUAGCUUGGACAGAGUUUAUAAAUAUAGGGAAAACGGCAGACAAAACAAAGUUUCAAACUUUAUUUCUAGCAAAAACAUUGUCCCCCUGUCAUCGAGUGACAUUGACAGUCCUAAGUGAAUUUCUAACAUAACGCUGGAUGGAAAACACAGCCAAUGCUGCAUCAUUAUACAGUAGCUCAGGCAGCCAGGAAAUACCAACCAUUUAGAAAAUCUGGUCCUCUCUCAUGAAGUAGAAAAGGGAAAAUAAAACAAAAGUCAAACAUGAGAGCUAAACUUCUAACAGAUGUAUGGUCGUGUCUCCUCUUUAAGAGCUAAAAUGGCCACAUUUAAUACGUGAGAUGGCUUGAAAGUAAGGAGGAAAA